AUGUCGACCAUCCCCCCCCCGGCGCUCCGGUCGGGCCACCCGCCAACCAUCCCCCUGUCCUUUAACUCGAGACAGCCGGGCAAGGUGACGCUGUAUCCGCUCUCCAACUACACCUUUGGCGUCAAGGAGACGCAGCCCGAGGAGGACCCUUCCGUCAUUGCCCGCCUGAAGCGCCUCGAGGAGCACUUUGCCGACCAUGGCAUGCGCCGCACCAGCGAGGGCAUCCUCGUCUGCCACGAGCACAACCACCCGCACAUCCUCAUGCUGCAGAUUGCAAACGCCUUCUUCAAGCUGCCCGGCGACUACCUGCGGCCCGCCGACGACGAGAUUGAUGGCUUCAAGACUCGCCUUGACGAGAGGCUGGCCCCCGUCGGCAGGAUCGGCGAGGGAGAGGAGGCGGGCGAUUGGGACGUUGGCGAGUGCCUUGCCCAGUGGUGGCGCCCCAACUUCGAGACCUUCAUGUAUCCCUUCAUCCCCGCCCACGUCACCCGGCCAAAGGAAUGCAAGAAGCUCUACUUUAUUCAUUUGCCAAAGACCAAGGUCCUGAGCGUGCCCAAGAACAUGAAGCUCCUCGCCGUGCCCCUCUUCGAGCUGUACGACAACACGGCCCGCUAUGGCCCGCAACUCUCGGCGAUCCCCCAUAUCCUGAGCCGGUACAACUUUGAGUUUGUCGACGAAAAUGGCAACGUCGCCGCCAUGACGCCGGGCGCCGGCGCGCCGGACGGAUACGUGCCCAAGACAAAGGUCUUGGCCGGCGAGGAUGCGGAAAUGAGGGAGGAGAACGGAACGCAGUGA